CUCCCCCGCCACAUCGCCCUCCCGCCGGCGUUGCUGACGUGUCUGCUCCCUCCCCGCCGCCGGUGCCCGCCAACAUGGCCGCAGCCCCGCCGCCGGACCCCCGGCUGCUGCUCGCCUUGCUGCUGCUCCUGCCCCCGCCGCCCUCCUCUCUUCUCCGCGCCGCCGCCGCCGCCGGGCCCGACCUGGGCCGCCGCUUCGCCGAGCGCAAGCGCUGCGCCGAUCCCGAGUGCAGCAUGUUAAUGUGCCGAGGGAAGGCAAUGCAGGACUUUAAAGGUCCAGAUUGUCGUUUUGUAAAUUUUAAGAAGGGAGAAGCCGUGUACGUAUAUUACAAGCUAAUAGGAGAAUCAACUGAGCUUUGGGCUGGAAGUGUUGGAAGCGAUUUUGGAUAUUUUCCAAAGGAUUUACUUGAAAUAAAUCAUAACUAUUCCAAUGAGGAGCUAGAAUUACCAACAGAUGAAACAGACUUUGUUUGCUUUGAUGGCGGAAGGGAUGAUUUUGAUAAUUAUAAUGUAGAUGAGCUCUUGAAGUCAUUGCAAGGGACGAUGGCAAAUGAAGGGGAAAAUGAAUCAAAUGAUCCAGGGACAGAACCAACUGAAGGAAUUUCAAGGGAUGAGGAGGUUGAACAGGUCAAUACAGCAAAGUCCCACGAUACUUUGCAGACAGACAGUCUUGAGCAAAGUACAGAAGAUGACAAGGAAGCUCCUCGCCAUGAGGAGAUAGACAGUUCUAUUACAGAAGGAACUGAAACUACUGGGGGAGACUCCAGCGCCAGUAGUCACAAAGAAAACUCUCAGGGAGAUCAAAUUGCACAUGAGCACUUGAAAGGAAUACUACAUGGGACACUAAAAGGGCUAGAAAGUGAAAAUACCAAAAACACUAGUAUUCCUCAGGGUGACACCAGUCAACUUGACAAAGAGAAUGAAGAAGUCAAUGCCUAUACACUUUUAAACAGAGAGCUCUCUGUGAACUUGAAAACAAAAUUUGGUUCAACUGCUGAUGCUGUUGUAUCAGAUGAUGAAGUGACUCGCCUUGUUACGUCACUGGAAGAUGAUUUUAAUGAAGACCUGAGCAUUAAUCCUCACGAUGCACAGGAGGAGCCAGACUUUGCAGAUCCAUCUGAAGAAAUCCCUUUGCUGUCUUUUAUGGCAGAGGAAGAAAUUACAUCCCCGGUGGAUUCAGAAGAAGUUGAAAAUCAUGUCCUUGGGUCUCAAAAUCAUGAACCUGAUGAAGAUGCAAAGGGUGCUACAGAGCUAAAAAACCAAAGAGACCAUGAGGAAGAACCUCAUUCAGAUGCAUUCGUUCUUAAGGAUGCCUUCAGUGAGAACAAGAAGUCAGGUGACAGUAUAGGGGUGGACAGGUCCGAAUCUAAACAAACAAAAGAGAAACAGGAUGAGGUGAUGCUAAUAAGUAAGAGAGACACACCAGCAACAACUCAACCUGAGGAUCUCUCCAAAGAACUCCUUAGAAAGGAACCUGUAGAUACAGGUGACCUGGCUUUGAAAGAAGACACAAACAAAACCGAACAGUUUGAAGAGCUAAUGGUUGACGGGACUGAGUCACAUACUGAAGAGCUGAAGAGUACAGCUGUGCCUGAUCCUUACGUUUUGCCUAGUCUGGGAGAUGAUCUGCAUUCCAAAUCAUUUAAGCAAGAUGCUUCAGAACCAUCUGUUGGCGAGAUCAACAGAAGUCCAGAAAGCGUGACACUUGCUCAGAUAGAGAAAGAUGAGAAAAAGCUGGGAGUUGACACUGUGGAAGAGGUCUUGGAAAGUGAUUUAAAAAAAUUAUGGGAGAAAACAAAGGAGAAAGGGAGAGCUGAGAAUAAGCCUUCUGUUGAUGUUCCAGCCAAAACAGUGGAAGAAGUAAAAAAAGCACCUCAAAGUGACUUAGGAGAUGGUGACCUCUUGAAGGAGAAACUGGGGCAUAGAAUGCCCACUGUGGAGAAAGAAUUUCUAAGACACGAAGAAGGUUUGAAACAAACAGAGGAGACUGAUCACAAAACUCAAACCCCCACUUCUCUCAAAGAACCUGAAAUAGAAAUGAGAAAUAUGAAAGAAACUACUACAGGGGAGGGAGACCCAAGCCAUAGAGGAGCUGUCGAGCAACCUAGGUCAUGGGAAAAUGAGACUGAGUAUUCAGAGGCAGAUGUGAAAGAAGAGCUUUCAAGAAAUCUUGGCAACGUGACAGUAUUUGAAGAAGGCGUUGAGAAAAGCACUGCUGAAGAAAAAUCAAAAAGCACCACACAGAAUACUAAUCCAGAGAAUCUUACUCAGCAAGGGACUGUUCGUACCGAGGAUGCAGAUUCAGACAGAGAUCUUGGCACAGAAUUAGCUAAGGAAAGAACACUGAGAGCAGAAUUGCAAUCUGAAGAGCCAGAUGCUGAAGACAAUCUUGACCUGGAAGAAGUAGAGGAAGAGCUGCUGGAAGAUGAGAAUGCUGCCAGUGCAAAGCUGUUGCAAGCAAGGGCUGUGAAUGUACGGGGUGAUAUGCUAAAUAUUAAACACACAAACUCUGAAGUAGAAGCACUAGGUGGAGCUGUUGUGGGAAUCGAAAAUCCUACUUACGAACCAGGAGAGGAAAUAAACUCAUUUUCUAAAGAGUCUCAAAAACCUAUCGGCAUGCACGAAGUAAGUGAGACUGGGAACAAAGAGGUUGGUGUACCAGUGAGUGAGGAUGCUAAAUUGGAUGAGAUUGAACACAUCCUGGAAGAUGAUGAUGAGUCUUCUAAAGCUGAGGAACCACCAGCUGUGAAAAACCAUAAUUUCCAGUCUCCCGACACAGAAGAUGACGGUGACUUUAACCAAAGGAAAGGUCAUCUCCCAGAGGGUGUUUCACAGAAAGACUCAAAAGAGGUGCAAAAUUUAGAGCAUACAAGAAGUGAUCACCAGCACUCCGCACAAAUCCCCAGCCUUACUGCCAGUUCAGCAGCCCUGAAUGACACCAUAACAGACUUCAGUGAGUCUGUGAAGCGGCUCACUAUAACGAGAGAUUUUCUUGAUGAAAAGCGAGUAGUGCGUUUACAAAAGUACCUUGGGCUUCAGCACAUGCUUAGGAUAGAAGCCAUGUUUCACGACAUGAAGGUCGAGAUGGAGCUUGCUCAGAAGGCAAGCCACAAUAAUGAAGAUACAGAAAAAGCUUUGGACCAGAUACUUGAGUUUUCAGAGUCAAGCAUUAUGGAUGUUGUAGGAAAAGUUCUAGAUUCCAGAGUGGCAGAAAAUAAAGAGGAAGUGGUGAAAGAGAUGGAUUUAUACGAUGAGGAGAGUGCACUGAUGGAUGAUAUUCAAGAAUUAAUAUAUUCCUUAAGGAGUAAAUACUCUGCUGCUGCUGAGAGCGUCCCGCUUGCAUCCAUUCCGGAACAGGAGGGUGAUCAGCUGCACAUACAAGAUGAUGCAAAAGAAGCUGAAUAUGACAGAAUUUCCAUCAGUAACCCAAAUGCUGUUGAUGAGAGUAAUCAGGACUUUCAGCAGCUUGAAGAGAACAGGCCAGAAGAGCCUAUUGAAGAAGAGAGGGCUGUUCCUGUUCCACCUGAGCAUGAAGAGGCCAACUUCUCGGAUAAUAGAGAAGCUGAAGAAGAGUAUGACAGUGAAAGAGGAUCACUGCUGGAAGAUACUUCCUUAGAGUCGAUUGAUUCAGGACAGAGUGCCUGGGAAGAUACUGCUACAGGCCGGGAGGACAGCGGCGGGCAGCCCUCGGGGCCAGGGCCCGCCUCGCAGGAAGCCCUCCGCGAAACGGCAGCGGCGGCAGCGGCGCGAGAGGUCCUGCGGCGGUUGGUUGCUACCCUGCCUGAGGAAAUUCGUCCUGGGCCUGAUUUCCAUGGACUUCCAUGGGAGCCGGUUAUUAUCACUGCCUUAGUGGGAAUUGCCACGCUUGCUGUAAUUUUCUGGAGAACCUGCCUUUCAGUAAAGAGUAGAAUAUACCAAGUGACUGAAAAGCAACUUGCUGAAAAGAUUAAAAACCUUCUUCAAGAAAAAUCAGAAAUCUUACAAAAGAUGUCAGAAUAUGAUCAAAAGAUAAAGGAAGCAAAGGAAUCUGUGAAGGUGGCCCAAGAACAAAAAGACAUUCUCUCUGAUGAAACUGUAGGCCUUAAGGACACUGUCAAAGGACUGGAAGAAACAAAUCGACAGCUAGAUGACAAAGUAAAAAAUCUCCGUACAAUGCUUGAAACGGAGAGAAAAAAGAAUGAGAAGAAACAGAAUAAGAUCUGUGAAACCCAGAAAUCCUUGGAGAAACUUCAAGAGGCUGUCAAUGUACAUUCUGUAGAACUUUCAGAGGUGCAGAUAGCACUUAAUGAAGCUAAACUGAGUGAAGAAAAGGUGAAAUCCGAGCUUCAUCAUGUGCAAGAAGAGAAUGCUAGGCUGAAAAAAAGCAAGGAGCAACUGCUGAAAGAAGCCGAAGGCUGGAGUGAGAGGCAUACCGAGCUCAGUGAACAGAUCAAACUCUAUCAGAAAUCUCAGAAGGACAUAGAAGAAGCACUUGCCUACAAGGAAAAUGAGAUUGAAGUUUUAACGAACUGCAUCAUGCAGCUGAAGCAGCUUGACAUGGAUCCAGCAUCUGAGGCCAAGAAGGAUGGGGAAGGGCAGGAAUGGAGCACGGGCGAGGAUCUGGCCAAUGGGGAGCUACCAGAUAAUGAGAGUGAGAAGAUGAAGACUCAGAUUAAGCAGAUGAUGGAUGUCUCCAGGGUAAAAACUAUGUUGUCCAUAGUGGAAGAAGACAGAAACCUUCUGCAAUCCAAACUGAGUGAUGAAGUAACAGCGAGACAUGAGCUGGAAGAGCAAAUAAAGAAGUUAGAACAUGACUCCUGUUCGCUGCAGUCAGCCAAAGCUCGACUGGAAAACGAAUGCAAAACACUGCAGCAGAAAGUGGAGAUUCUUGGAGAACUUUACCAGCAGAAGGAGAUGGCACUCCAGAAAAAACUAACCCAGGAAGAGUAUGAGCGUCAGGAGAAGGAGCAGAAACUGUCUGCUGCAGAUGAAAAAGCCGUGCUGGCUGUCGAGGAAGUGAAAGUUUACAAGCAAAGGAUCCAAGACAUGGAAGAGGAAUUGCAAAAAACAGAGAGGUCUUACAAAAACCAGAUUGCUGCUCAUGAGAAAAAGGCCCACGACAAUUGGCUCAUUGCCCGCUCUGCCGAGAGAGCUCUGGCUGAGGAAAAAAGAGAAGCAGCCAACCUGAGACAAAAAUUAAUAGAAGUAAACCAAAAAAUCGUGAUGCUUCAAAGGCCACUGAUUGUAAAGCCAACUCCAGGCAGACCUGAUCGCCAGCUCCCACCACGACGAGGGCCCUUAAGCAGAGAUGGCUCUUUUGGCCCAUCACCUGUGAGCGGAGGAAAUCCAUCCCCCACGCAGAUGAUAGAAGUUCCUCCUCGGCCCCUUUCUGCACCUCGAAGGGAAGGCUCAAGAGGUGACCUCGGUACAAUGGUAGAUGGUCCUCCUGCUCCACGAAGGCCACCAGAAUUACCUGGAAGGAUGUCUGUUCCUGACCUUGGGCCUGCUGUAGCAUCCCUGGGCAGUAGUGGGCCAAGAACCUCCUCCCCCUCCACAUCAAUGGAUGGAGUGCAACCCUCUCCCAAAGAACCUGAAGCCCCCUGUGUAACUGCUGAUUCACCUGCAGCUGUUGAACCAGGCACAGCUCCUGCUUGUCCCCAAGGCCCGCCGUCUUUCCCUGGGACACCCAUCGUGGCCUCGCCGGUGAUGAGGCCUCCGCCUCCACCGCCUGUUCGCUAUGGACCACCACCGCCAGGACCGCUGCCGGGACCGCUGCCGCCCCCUCUGCGCGGGCACCUGGGCCCUCGCCCCCUACCUGUGCCCCUAGUUCGCGGUGCUCCCUUGCCACCUCCAGCUACGCGAGAUUUCUUCCCUGGCCUACCCUUAGGAAUGAGAGAUCUGCCUCCUGGCCCGCUCCCGCCACCUCCUGAUCCACGAGGCUACGGCCGUGGGCAUCCUCCUUUCCGACCCCUCGGUCCUCCUGGCCCCAGGGAUUUCCCUCCAGGCCCGCGGCUACCCCCGCCCGGCUCCAGAGACUAUACACCUUCUCCCAACAGAGACUUGCCUCCCUCGGGCCCCAGGGACUACGUGGCAGGCUCCAAGGACUGCACACCACAGCCUCCAGCCCAGAAGCCCUGACUGCAGCCUCUGCCCAGCAGCAGCUCAGCGGCGUGGACUCCAGCGCACUUCCUGCAGGCAGCAGUUCAGGAGAGAAACGGCUCUCUCUGGGAAGCCACCGGCCUCAUUUCAGUAUAUUUCAGCUUUUGCGGGAUUGAUUUUUAUCCAAUUGCUACAGCCAUCCCAUGUGCAUUUCUGAUCUCCUUCAACUCAUCCACCCUCUUGGGCUGCAAGAACCAUUUCGUGAUGGACUUGAACCUCCUCUAAACGUGCAAUAGAAGGGAAGUACCUGUGUGGCUAGUUUUAAUUAAAUGUAGCCUCUGUAACCAGUUGGUGAAUGGACUGAUUUCGUGAAAAAUGUAAAGCAAAUCAUUUCCUGUGGAAAUAAUUUUUAAGUAAAAUGCUAUCCUACCUGCCUUCUCCAUCACAUCAUUCAGCUCCAGCUACUGUAGGCCAGGGGGUGUUACAGGAGGACUGAAAAGGGGUUUUGUUCCCUUUUUCUUCUAAAAAAAGGUGUCUGGUCUGAGAUCAGAAGCACAAACACCGCUGUAUACAAAGGAAAGUUAUAAUAAAAUGCAGCAUUUGUUUUGCUAGA